AUGGCCCAGCGCAGUAUCAAGAACGCGACAUCCUGUGCAUGCCUGCGCAACCCUUCCUUCAAUGAGGUUUCUUUCUACAAACCACAACCCACAAGCAUCCCCUCCUCUCAGCUCUGGAAGAACAUACAAAGAUAUCUGUCAUCACCAAUAUUCGCCCAAACUUCUACCUCGAGACCAACACCUCAGAAUCCGUUCAUCAGGACCUGCUACUCGAGCAGAUCACCGAUCUUCUCCCUGCCCUCAACCUGCAUCUACCUGCCUACCUUGACAUUCCGCACCAUCCAUCAUGAGAUCACCGAGGAAUAUAUCAUUUUACAAGAAAUAUAUACUGACACCUGUGCUCUUCCUCCUCAGUCUCUCCGUGUCGCACCCCCAGCAGCGCAUCCAACCAGCACCUCGAACACGACCGCCUCAAAACUCUCUGCCACGACGAGCACGAAAUCCAAAGAUGACCUUGACCGCGGCGCUCCCUCGGCCCCCGGUCUGCACGACACCCUCCGCGCCUCGUUGUACCCCCAGUCGAUGGCGAGCACGCAGACCGUGACAACGGCGCACCCUCUGGAAUCCCGCCUGGCGAACUGGCAAGCGACACAGGAGGCGACGCGGCUGCAGAUCCUGCGCCGGAACUUUGGCAUCGCGGAACCUCUGCGCAGGGGCAUGGAGUUGAAGCUGGUGCGGGACGCCGACUCGUUUCGGCCGUCCGUGCUGGGCAGACCGGCGGGCGUUCACGAAGAGAUCUUGACGGGGCGGGACGCGGAGAUUACGUGGGAGGAUGUCUACGCUGGACAGGACGGGAUGAGGUUAGCUUUCCAGGGAGGCGACGGGCAGGGGACUGGGUGGAUGGAGGAGAUGGAGCGCAAGGUCGGCAUGGGCAAGUGGUGA